AUGGCUGGCGAUGAGGGCGCUGGCCACGAUAAGCCGGUGCCGCGGUACAACGCUACACUCCGGGUAGAGAUGGAGAGCAAAAGCUUGGUGCAGGCCGCACAGGCCAUUACUAACCGCAACGUCGGAAAUCUGGUGGCGGCCAUGGCGGCGGGAUCAGCGCAAGUCGGCGACAUCUCGAUGUCGCACCUACGGACGGCCGAGGCCAAAGUGCUUGCCCGAGCGCUUGCCGAGACCUCGGGCCUGGUGGUCCUCCACGCCCAGUUCUGCUCAAUUUCCGACAAAGUGCUGGCUAUCCUCGCUCGAGGCGCACUGCAAUCGCGUUCGCUGGAAGUGCUUGACCUGCACGGCAACCGGGUGACACCGCGUGGUGCGCGCGCGCUCGUCGCUGCCAUCCACACCGCCGCAUCACACGGCAGCCUCGGCAGCCUUGUUGACAUCACGCUCACCAAGUGCCGAGGCAUUAGCAAAGCGCUGGCUGGCGAAGUUACCUCGGCACUGGCGGGCGCAUCCGCCACUGCCGCCGCUGCAACUGCUGCCGCCGCCCGCCUCCGCGACCAAGUCGAGGCUGGGAUGCGGCUCCGGCUCGCACGUGAAGCGGCAGCAGGCGUGUGCGAUACAGCGUCGACUACCACGACCACGAGCUCGACACCAUCGCGACCGCUGGGAUCGCUCUCCCACGAUGAGCGGCAACAGCUGGUCGACGACGAGAUCGCCGCCGCGAGCCUGACCGCGGUCGAGACGCGGGCACAAGCGGUGCCGGCGAGAGCGUACUCGCGCUUUGCCGCCAACAUCGACUGCCUCGAGUUUGUCGACUGCGCCAAGCGCGAGGUCAACACCAAACAAAUGCGAGCGGUCCGCCGCCGCAAGUACGGCCUGAGCGACGGCCGAAGCACUAAGCCGCGGAUCCGCACCAAACUCCACCCGGUGGCCACCGCGCACGCCGACGCCGAGCUCCUUGACUCGGGCGUCUUUGACGACGCUGAGAUCGGGAUCCUCUCCCAGCUGGAAGCGUACGCCCUCGAUGUGCUUGUCGACGAUGCGGCGUACCAAAUGUGCGGGCGGGCGCGCAUGAUGCCGGGCGCGACGCGGACCGUGCUCUGCCUCCACGGCUUUGGCGCGUCGUGCAACUACGCGACAUGGGCGCGGCUCGCGCCGGACAUUGCUGCCGCUGGUCGCAACAUGAUCUUUGCUGACCUGCCCGGCUUUGGCCGCUCGUCCGGGCGUGACAUCCAGACCGGGACGUGGCGCCGGCAUGCGCCGCAACUAGUCAAGGCGCUGGUCAACGCCUUUGGCAUCACUUCAGGCGUCUCGUUUGUCGGUUUUUGCGGCGGCGCCGCGACGGCGUUCCGUGCUGUCGUCGCUUACCCGCGCCUCUUUGCCGGCGAGUUCCAUCUCGCCCACAACUCAGUCAUCGCCGCCGUCCCGGCUGAUCUUGGCGCAACGCUUGCGGCCUCAGGCUCGCGGCUGGUGGUGACCUGGGCCGAGGACGAGGACCACACCCACGGGUGCGUGGCGUACAAGGCGUUUGCCAAGCUCCGCAAGGCCCGCGACCCGACCAUCAUCCUCGUCGACAUUGCCGACAGCCAUCUUCCGGCCUACGGCGCGUGGACGAGCUCAACAGAGCUCACCCGCGGAACGCACUCAUCGUUUGUCUUUGCGCCAUCCUCGACACUUCGCGCCCUCCUCCGCCAUCUGCUGGCCGGCCACAUGCCAACAUCACUCCUGCGGUCUUUACCGCAGCCUUGAGCUCAUUAUGCCGGGCAGCAGCCCCACUUGCCGGUGGCACAGCAGACGGUGUUGAUGGGGCAGCACCGCGAGGGAUGCCCGUUGAUGGCCGGACAGCACGACGACGUCGACGCCAUGCAGCAGUACCCGUCGCAGCACGUCUCAAAGCUCUCGCAGCACGUCCCGUUGCAGCAAUGCGAUGACGACGCCGGGCAACAAACAGCCGCGCCCUUGUCCUUGGGGUCUGGGCAGCAUGCCUCGUCGCCUGUGCACGUCCCGCCACCGCACGGCAUACUCCCCGCCCAAGCCCCCGUCCCGCCUGCCCCCGCCGCCACCGCCGCCGCCGCCUUGCCUGCUCCUUCCGUCCCCUCGGCCGCCUCGGCCA